ACCAGUUUGUCGGUUUGACAUUUUACAUUGCAUAUGGCAAUAACACAAACGAGACAAGUAUUGGAGGCAGAAGUGUCAAAUUAAGGAAUUCAUAAAAUCUUAUUAUCUCUAAAUGUAAUAUAAAUAUGUGAGAGAUAACCCAUCCCACAUCCUCUCUUAAGUAUGUUUUAAUAGUUUGUUGCAAUUAAUUUUACUCAGUUAAAAUGGAGAUGUUGAAUUUGACAUCCACUGAAACAAGAUAUUUCAGUGAUUUAUUUUUAUGUUGUGAUGAAGAUAAGGCUGGAAAAGUUGCUUUGUUAAAAGCAACUGAACUAUUUCGAUCUUCUAAAGUUCCCAACGAUGUUUUAAAACAGAUAUUUUCAAUAGCACACCCUACUUUGGCAAAUCAUUUGAACCGUGUUCAGUUUUAUGGAUGCUUGAAACUAAUAGCAGCUCAUCAAGCUCACAUACCUCUGAAUCAAGAAUUAUUGACGAAACAAAUUGAUUUACCUUUACCAAGAUUUAAAUGGAGGUUAAGUGGAAGCCCUGAUCUCAUAGAAUUAAGUGAACAAGAAAGUUUGCAAGCAGAAUCUCUGUCAAUAUAUAAUGCAACAUGUAAUCAAGAACUGAAUGCAAGUGCGAGUCAAGCGACGUCUUUAUUUAUUGAGGAAAAAGGGGAUGCUAGCACUGAUUCAGAAAUGGAACAGAAUGAUCCAUCUGAGUGUGUGACUAGAAAUUCACCAAGCGUUUGGAGUACAACAAGUGAUAGUCCCACUCCUACAAAUAGUGUUGCCGAAAGAACAUGGGGUAGUGUCAUGGGAAAUCAAAUGCACUGGUGUGAAGAGCAGCGUCAGCUACUUGGAACUGAAGAAGAAUCUAGUGACAAACAUAGUAGUGAUGAACCUGAUGGUGAUGAUAUAGAUACAUCAAGUGUUUGGCCCAUUACACAAGAACAGCGGGAAUAUUAUGCUGCACAGUUUAAAAGUCUGCAACCAAAUCCUGAAGGUCUUCUUGCUGGUAGUAUAGCGAGAAUGUUUUUCGAAAAAUCUAGAUUACCUGUUCAAGAAUUGCGUCACAUUUGGCAAUUAAGUGAUGUUACUCGAGAUGGUGCUCUUAAUUUAGCUGAAUUUAAUACUGCAAUGCAUCUAGUUGUUUUGCGUAGAAAUCAUAUUCCAUUACCUAUUACAUUACCAGCUUGUUUAAUUCCCAAUACUGAUAACACACGAAAUAUGGAGAGUGAUGCAAAACAUAGCAAGCCUCUCAAUAAUGACCAUCAAAAUGAUAGUAAUACAGAAAAAAAAGAUUUUAUUACUCAAAACAAUGGUGCUACAAUAUACAAAUCAAUUAGUGUCGAUCACACAGCACCGCAAGUGGCAAAAAGCGAAAGAAAUUCAAUUCCAAAUGACUUUGGCAGCACAAGUAAAGGAAAUGAUCUGUUAAGUGGUGGUGCAUCCCCGGUGCAAGGAUCAACUACUGUGUUAAGUCCGAAUAAAAAAGAUACGUCUUACAAAGAAUGGACGAAAUUUGUAGAUUCUCCCACUUCAAGCAUAUCUAGUCCAGGGCCUAAGCCUGUUAAUUUUGAUUUUCACCUUAGUUCUGUUGAAACCGAUCCAAAGAUUCUGCAUCCUGUACCUCUUAGAGUAACACCUGAUGGAAAUAAUGUUACAAAUGAAGACGAUGAGAGAAUGGCACGAGCUAAAUCGGACCUAUAUGAACAUAAAGGUGAAGGAGAUCUGAUAAUAAAUAGGAAUAGUCCAAAGAAAAUGGUGUUGAACAAUAAUUUUGGCACAAAUAUGGAUGCAUUAACAAAUGAUAUCAAACCAAUACAGAGACCUCAAGCUAAAAAGGGUGCUUUAAAAACAGUCGGAGCAAUUCCACCGCCUCCUCAAAAUAGAGAUAAUUGCACAUUGGGAACAGGAACAACUCAAAAUCGUGAGCUGGUGGCCACGGCUAGUUUAGAUUCUGAUGGACCAAUAUCACUUCCCAACUUCAGUGGUGCGAUUAAAAAAGAAAAGCCUCCUCCACCUCCUCCAAGACAAUAUAGAACGCAUGCUCGCAGCAGCAGUCUAGAUUUGAAUAAAUUAAAACAUUCCCCACCAGCAUUAUCACCACCUCAAAUACCACCGAGAGUCUCUCCUGGACUUGGAAAUAAUAUUCAUAAAAAUAUUAGUCAUACUGAAGAAAAUAAUCAGGACAAUGGUGUUGAAUCUAGUACAUACGAACAAGAUAAUUUAGGUUUUGCUGAUUUUACUCAGUUUCCUGAAUCAAGAGAUAACGUAGACUGCAUACUUCAAUUAGAUGCUACAGGUAACAUUCGGAGACAUGGUGCUUUUGAAGUUUAUCGAAAACCAACGCCGAGGAGUUCUCAGAGUCCUGAAAGACCUGAAGAAAGUGAAAAGGAUGUUUUUGUACCAAAUGCUAAUUAUUUUAAUAACGCUUUGAAAGAGUAUGCGAAUGCUGAAGAUAAAAAGGAAUUGCUUAAAAAAUUGCAAAACCAGAAUAUACUACUUCUUAAAUUAUGUCAAGACUUGAGUGUUGAACUAUCGAUAGUACAAGCUGAAAGAACUGAACUACAGGCUAAGCUUGAUGCUGCCAAACCAUUCUCAGCAAGUUAAAUUUUCUAAUAAUAUAAUACUAACAAAUUUUCAAUUAAAUAUAACUUGAUAAUACUUGAAUCGAUCUGAUAUAGGAGAAUAUUCAGUUAAUUUUUAAUUACACAGUCCUAACAAUAAUUUAAUUUUUAUUU